AUGGAUAAAUCAACACAUAAGGAGAUAAUCUUAAAGGUUGAAAGCAAGAGCCAAAAGCACUCUUUAAGGAUUGAGGAACUUGUAAAAUCCUUUAAAGAGGAGCUUUCUCCAUUCUUUGAUGAUCAACCGUUAAAGCUAUGGGAAAGGAAUGGUAUAUAUGUUUUGCUUAAAUUAAGGAAGGAUGAUGAUACAAUAACUACCAAAUCGUAUCCUUAUACUCCUGAUGUAGAGGAGGAAUUUAGCAAGCAAAUAUCGAAAUUGCUGGAAAAGCAAUUACUACGCGCUAGUGAAAGCCCACACUCUUCGCUAGCAUUCAUGAUCAUAAAUAGAGCUGAGCGAGAAAGAGGAAAAGCGUGGAUGGCACCAUCAAUAUUCCAGAGGAAAAUGGAUAAAGUCUUUAGAGACUUAUCUAACUUUUGUAUAGUCUAUAUUGAUGAUGUUUUGGUUUUUAGUAAGACCAAAGAAGAACAUGUAAAUCAUUUUAGACUGGUGAUCAAAAGGUUCUGUGAUAAUGGAAUGAUGCUAUCUGAAAGAAAGGUAGAAUGGUUUACGAACAAGGUGACGUUCUUAGGCGUCGAGAUAGGUGAAGGAGGUAUUCAACUCCAAGAACAUUUCUCAAAGAAGUUGCUGGAAUUUCCAGAUGUGCUGGAAGAUAAGCCAUGUCACAGCAAUGUCUUGCAUUAG